CGAUCUGCGAAUGCUUCGAGGGAAGCUUCUCGAUUUGCUGACAGAUCCAAACCACAGUCAGGAGACAGUGGGGAAAGCUUGCACAGACUAUUUGAGUCUCCUUCAGGGAAUGUGUAUACCCAUGGACCCCAAAGAGCCAGAAAACAAGCUACAAAAACUGAUUAAGUUCAAGUGGACCAAUUCUCUGUUGGGGAAUAUUCCCACGGAAUGCACAGAUACUAUGUUUGAGUGCUUCUGUAUGCUCUUCAAUGUAGCGUUGUGGUUUUCAAAACAUGCUGCCAAACUUGCUGCUAAAGACACCCCGGAUAUGGAAGAGGCCAAAGAAAUCCACAAGUGUUUGAGAACAGCGGCAGGGAUGUUCAAGUUUUGUAAGGACGAGUUACGAGGCAAGUUACUGGAUGUCCCGGCGGAAGGAGCCCAGGACAGCGACAGUCGGAUACUGGACGCGUACAUCCAACAGUGCACGGCCGAGGCUCAGGAGAUCACGCUGGCGCGAGCUAUAGAGCUGAAGCAUGCAGUAGGUUUGAUUGCUGCUCUGGCAUAUGAAACCUCAGAGAUGUACCAACGUGGAGAUGAUGCCCUAGCCAGCCUCGACCAGAAGGAUGUAGGGAAGUGGCGCAAGUACUUUCAACUGAAGGCAAAGUUUUACUUAUCAUGUGCACACAGCUACAAUGGCGAAAGUCUUCUGAACCAGGACAAGUGUGGGGAUGCCAUACGAGGGCUCAAGGAGAGCGUGGACUUGUACGACAAGUCAGAGCUGCUGUGUAAGGAGUACGCCUCCACCAAGGGCGCUGGCACCACGGCGCGCCCACAGAACCAUCUGUUUUUCCGCAAGUUGGGGCCCAUUGUGAAGCGCACGCUGGAGAAAUGUGAGAGGGAGAACGGACUCAUUUACCACCAGAAGGUGAGCUUUGACCCCCCAGCUCUAGAGUUGAAGGCGACCUAUGGCCUGGUCAGCCCGGAAGAGUUCACUACCCCGGCCCUUCACCAACUGUGGUCAGCGGACGUCUACAGCAAGUUCAGCACGACAAACGUGCCCAAACCACAGGCAGAAAAACCGAAGGACAAGGAUGAGAAGCCUGCACCUCUCCCGUCUGUGAAGGAGAAGGAGGUGCCCAUGUCGGACAAAGACCCCAAGAACAACAGCGGCUGCGUGGUCUCGUGAAUGUACUCAACGACCCUGCGCGCUCGUCUCUGCUCCUUCGUUGCUCACCAGUAUCACUCAGCUGUUAUCUCCCUCAUUCUUCUUUCUCUCUGACGUCUUUUGGAUGGUUUGUCUGGGGAGAUAUGAAUUGCUCAGCAGUUAUCUCCCUCGUCUUUGUUUGUCUACGAACGUCUCUGGGUUGGCUUGUCUGGGGAGAUAUAGAACACUCAGCGCUGACCUUCCCCGUACUUACUCCUACCAGUCUCUUUGUGAGCCUUUACAGGUUUGCAUGUUUAGGGGGAUUUGACUGGGUAGCUUUGGUGGAUGCAGCAGGGAGAUGGUCAGGUUGGGGUUUGGUAGGUUCAGCAGGGUGAAGGUCGUGAUGAGUUUGGUAGGUUCAGAGGGGUGAAGGUCAUGAUGGGGUGAAGGUCAUGAUGGGGUUUGGUAGGUUCAGCAGGGUGAAGGUCAUGAUGGGUUUGGUAGGUUCAGAGGGGUGAAGGUCAUGAUGGGUUUGGUAGGUUCAGAGGGGUGAAGGUCAUGAUGUGUUUGGUAGGUUCAGCAGGGUGAAGGUCAUGAUGGUGUUAGGACUAGGCGCCCUAAUUACAGGCAACACAGCCCAGGAACAACACACCUCACGUGUGGGCUGACAGGCUCGCCGCCCCCUCAGUACUGACAACUGUGAAGGCCAUGUUGUCACUCGCUGUUUGCUCUCUCUCUUUUCUCUUUCUCUCUUCUCUUUUUUCCUUUUCUCUCUCUCUCUCAACUCCACUUAUUACUUUUUAAAAACAACAAUUGAACAGGAUAAUUUUACAAAGUAAAUUGCCUCAUUGCAAAAUGUUGAAAUUUAAUAUGAAUUGAGACAAAUUCACUCCCCCACCCCCGUUCUCUCUCUUUCUCUCCCUUCCCUUUCUAUUUCUACUUUUCUUUCUCUCUCUUUCUUGAAUAGAAAAAUUAUAUUAGGCCUACAUAUCGCACCAAAUUUAUAUUAUUGUUCUAACAAUUAAUUGUGUAAAUUUACAAUGGUCCUUACCAAACAAACAUAGAGAGAUCAGAGAUAUAGACAGGUACAGAGAUGCAUAGAUAGACCGAUCGAAGCGUAAAACAUAAAAAUAAGUUUUGGACCAUCAUGAUGACCAUGUCACAGUCAGUGACGGUAGGCCUACUUUUUACAAGUCAAGAGAAGUGCAAAACAUAAACAUCAGAUUAAAGUAAGGCAGACAGGAACAAACGCUCACAUUCCUCACAGAAAUAGAGUAGGAGUGAGCGGGGGGGAGACAUUCAAAUGUUCUUUUUACUUGUAAGUUGCACCAUGACAAGUGAAAGCAACAG